AUGCGAUAUCAUUUUAUCAUUCAUGAUAAUGAUGUUAGUGAAAGUCAAUCACAAAAUCAUAGUGUUACAACAAUUGAAGCAAAAUGCUCAUUUAAAAAUCGCCCAGCGUUACGACUUGAUUCACGUCUUGUUUGCAAAUAUGAAGUUUUAGCUGUUAUCGGAAAAGGUUCAUUUUCACAGGUUCUUCGGGUACAACAUCGACUUACACAUAAAUAUUAUGCCGUAAAAUUGGUUUCAUCUAAUUGUGGUACUGUAAAUAAUGAAUUAUCGAUACUAAGUCGUGUACAGCAUCCAUAUGUGAUUAAACUUGAAGAAGUGUUUAAAUCUUCAUCACGAUUAUUUAUCGUAAUGGAAAUGGCAAGUGGUGGUGAAAUGUAUAAUCGAGUGGUAGCAAAGGGAAGAUAUUCGGAAGCAGAAGCUCGACAAGCUCUUCGAAUGCUCUUAAAUGGCUUAGCUUAUUUACAUAGUAUUCGGGUGACACAUCGAGAUUUGAAACCGGAAAAUUUAUUGUACAGUGAUACGACACCUGAUGCAAGACUUCUCAUUACUGAUUUUGGUUUAGCUUAUCAGGCGCAAACAUCUGAGGAAAAAAUGACCGAAACAUGUGGUACACCGGAAUAUAUUGCUCCAGAGGUUCUUCUUCGUUCCGCAUAUACCGAUAAAGUGGAUAUGUGGGCAGUUGGUGUUAUUGCAUAUAUUUUAAUGUCCGGCAUAAUGCCAUUCGAUGAUGAUUGUCGAUCUCGAUUGUAUACACAAAUUAUCACAGCUAAUUAUAUUUAUUAUCCUCAGUUUUGGUCGGGCUCGGAAUUAGCAAAAGAUUUCGUAGAUGCACUGUUAGAAACGGAUCCAGAUACACGAUUGAGUGCAACUGAUGCCGUGAAACAUGAAUGGUUUAUGGGAAAUCGAAGUCAAUUGAAAAUAAUUAUCAAAACACGACCUGCUUCUGAUUUCACAACAGUCCAAAGGACACGUUCCUCACGAUCGAUUCGAAGUGUUACACGAUCCGAUCACGGUCAUCGCGUUGAUCCACGUGAAGUAGAUCGUCUAGCUAAUGAUUUACAACGUCUAGCAAAAUUUCAACAACGUUCAACCAAACAUUACGGUUUCUUAUAG